GGAAAAAAGAAAUGAAUUUUAUUCAUAAUAAUAAUAAUAAUGAGUACAAUGUAUUGCGAUCCUCAUGUACAACUGCUAGUAAUGAAGACAAUGAUGGGAUUUAUUCAGAUGAAACAGAGAGUAUGAUUAAUCAUGCAAGAAGUUCACCAAUGAAUGUUAGUAUAGAUACAAUUGCAAAUACAAUUAGGAUAACACCACCACCACCACCAUCAACAGCAAUAACACCAACAACAACACCACCGUUGACAUCAAAAAGUAACACUGAUGAUGAUGAUGAUGAUCAUAGUGAACGACAUGUUAAUCAUAAUAAUGAUACUAAUUCACAUACAACUAUUGAUGAAGAUUUAAUGACUAGUUAUGAAGCUUCAAUUGAUACAGAAUAUAACAAUAAUCAUUAUGAGUUACAUAAUGAAUUAAUGCAUAAAUCAUUUCCAAUCAAUUCACUUAAUUCAAUGAAAAAACCAGAGAAACAAGUAACAUUUCAAGAUAUUGUUGAAAUUUCAACAAUUUAUUCUAUUACAAAUGAAUCACAAGAGUCCAUUUCACAUCAUUAUGAAGAUGGUGAUGAUGAUGAUGAUGAUGAUGAUGAUGAUGAUAACGAUGAAGAAGAUGAUUACAAUGACGAUGAUGAUGAAGAAGAAGAAGAAAUGAAAAUAACGAAACAGAAUAGUGUAAAUAAAAAACUAAAAAAUCGAUUGAAAAAUGUAAUUAAUUCCAAUGAUCAUAAUGUUGAAUUAGUCAUAGCAACAAUAGAACAAAAUAACAAACAUAAUUCAGAUAAUAAUAAUAAUCAGAUUCUUUCAGAAAAAGAUUUAUUAAGUUUAUAUACAGAUUGGGCGAAUCAUUAUUUGGAAAAGGCAAAUUAUUCAAAUUUAAUAAAAAAUAUACAGAAAGAUUUAUCUAAUGGACUAUUGUUAGCUGAUAUUAUACAUGCAGUAGCUAAUAUCAAAGUUCAACGUUUAUGUCGAAAUCCGAAAACAUCCGCUCAAUCACUUCAUAAUGUAUUGGCUUGUUUUCAAGUGCUCCAGUUACUUGGCAUUGAAACAAAUGGGUUUACUCCUCAAGACAUUGUGGAUAGUAAAUUAAAAUAUAUACUUGGUCUAUUUUUCAAUUUAUCUAAAUUUAAACAAAAAACAAAAAAAUUACAACAAUCUCAAGUAAAUACAAUUACAUCUUCAUCCAUAAUACAAUCGUCAUUCUUAACAACAACAAUACCAACUAAAGCAACAAUUACAUCAAUUCAUUAUCCAUCAAUGAUUAAAUUACAAAAAAAUCAUAUUUCUAAUGAAAAUGAUACAUAUCACCACCACCAACAACAACAUCAGGAUUCAUUAGUUAUUCAAUCAACACCACUUAGACCACCACCACCACCGCCGCCACGUACUAUCAAUAAUAAUAGUACUACUACUACUACUACUACUACUCAUAGUAGUCUAUCAAAACAAAUAGAUCUAUACAACAAAUUAGACAGUCCAAACAACAAUAGCAGCAACAACAACAACAACAAUCUGAACAAUGGGAAUCAUCAUCAGCAUCAUCAUCAUCGUCAUAAUCAAUCUGUAAAUAAACAAGAAAAUCUUUUAAUCGGACAAAUAAAAUAUCCAAUUAAGAAUCUGAAUGAAACAUUGUCCAAUCCAUGUUCCAAUCCUUUAAUAUUGAACAAAACUAAUGAGAAUAAUGAUAAUAAUCAUAAUGCUAAUAUGAUUGGAAUUAAUGCAUCAUUAAAUUUUACUAAACCAAAUGUUACAUCAUUACGUUUUCCUUCAUCUAUUUCAAUAACUACAUCGUCGUUCAAUGGUUCGUUAUCAUCUUCACCAAGUUCAAUUUCUAGUACAAAACCAUUAUCACCACAAUAUCAAACUAGUAGUAUUCGUCAGUCUAUACCACGAGCAAAUAAUUUAGUGGAUAUAAAAGUAAAAACUCAAAAAUUAAGUCAAUCUCAUAAAAAGUCAUAUGAUUAUCAAAAUAUUAAUAAUUAUACAGUGAAUAGUGAUAUCAGUAAUCCGUGUAAUAAUAAUAAUAAUUCAUCUGUAACCCGAAGUAAUAAAUUACAACAGAAAACACUUACUACUCCAAUAUCAUCAUUAUCAUCGACAAGAAUAACAACAACAACAACAGCAACGUCAAUAACAGCAGUGACAGCAACCUCACCUACAACCACGACUGUACCAGGAUCAUUAUUCUUGAAUAUUAAACAACAGCAACAACAACAUAGACAACAGAAUACUUCUAGUGAUGUUGUAUGCGAUUCAACAACAACAACAACAGAUGAACUACAAUCACAACAACAGAACUCGUUAUCUGAGCCCAAAAGUGCUCCAGUCAGUAUUAGCCCUAAUCAUUCAAACAAAUCAAAUAUAUGCAAUCAGUUUAAAGCGUCCAGUUUUGAAAGAUCAGGAUUGAAAUCUGUAUCUGAUUUGAAUAUUAAGUCAUCCAAAACAAAAUCCAAUCAUCAUCAUCAUCAUCAUCAUCAGCAGCAGCAGCAACAACAGCAUCAUAACAACUAUCAUCAAAAACAAAGAAAUUCUCCAUCACCAAAAAAAUCAAUAAUCAAUAAACUAUCACCAAGUGAAAUCGAUAGAAAUAAAUUACAAAAUUCCCAUUAUAUAACUAAUUUAUCACCAAAAUUAUCUUUGGAACAAAAACUAAUCAAGACAACAGAGAUUAUCUCGUCUACAAUAGAGAAUAUAUUACCAUCAUCAACAACAACAACUUCAUCUGGUAUACCAAUGCCACGUCAAUUAAAUUUAUAUCAACAAUCUAAUAUGAAUUCACAUCAUAUGUCAUCAUCAUCAUCAUCAUCGUCUUCAAAGAUUAAAGAAUCCCCAACAAAAAUCGAUCGUAUUCCAUAUAUGAAUUAUCCAAUUCAAAAUCAAUCAACUUUAGAUAAUCAUUCAAUGAAUAAUACAACUUGUCAUAUAAAUAUGAAUAGUAUAGAUAAUACAUAUCAAACAACUAAUAUUCAACCACGUAUAACAUUAAGUCAAUAUUAUCAUAAUACUACUACUACUACACAGAAACAAUAUCCAUAUUCAAUAAACUAUAAUCAAUCAAUAACAUGUAUGAAUAAAUUAUCUGGAAAUAUUAUACAUACUAGUACUAGUACUAGUACUAGUACUCCUACUCAUCCUCAUACUACUACUACUACUACUACGACGACGAUGGCUACGACUACGACUACACCAACGAAUAUUCAUCAACAAAAUACAAACCAAACUUUAAAACAAAUAACUACAUCUCAAGAAAUAUCAUCAUCAAUGAAUUAUUCACCUUCUCUACCACCGCCGCUGCCUCAUCAUCAUCCUUCACAUUAUCAUCAACAUCAACAUCAACAUCGUCCUAUCCAAUAUCCAAAUACAUUUAUCUCGGGAACAAAUGAAUUUCAACAUCCAAUUACACCAGAGCGAUCUCAUUCAAUCAAUUCAAUAUCAACAAGCACAAUACAACCAUUAAUGUCUAAUUAUCUUCAUGAUACACGACGUUAUAUGACAGGAAACAGUAUAUUUGAACAAAGGACUGAUCAACAACAACACUUUCAACCUACCCGGCAAACUCAUCAAUCCCAUCAUCAAACAAUACCGCUUCAAUCAAAUUCACACAUUAUCAAAACUGGUAUUCCCUAUUCAAAUGAUACUAAUAUUAUUUGUUCUACAGUUAACCAAUCAAUACCCAUAGGUCUACCACCACCACCACCACCACUACCGCUCACACAAUGUACACAAAUACACAAUCAUCCAUCCACUGUAAACAUACAACAAUACUCACCAAUAAUUCAACCAUUUGUUCCACCGAUUUCAUAUCGUCCAGCUACGCAAGCGCCGAAUUCCAAUUUUAUGCCAGUUACAAACUGUAAUUAUUCAAGUGUAACAAAUGCUGCUCCUACUGUUGCCAUAACGACGACGACCACCACUACUACUACUACUACUAUUUCUACUAUCAAUGGUAUUACUACAACUACGAUUAUAAACAAGAAUAAUGCAGUUAUAAGUCGUCGUGUUAGAAUUCAAGAGACAAAUCAAGCUCAAAAUGUGUCUAAUCAUCAAUCCAUUCAUUCAGUACAACAAGUUAAUAAAACAUCAUUGAUAACAAAAACUAGACAAGAAAUGAAUACAGCUACUACUACUACUAGCAGUAGUAGUAGUAGUACAUCAACCAAUCUGACAUACAAAUAUUUGCCUAAUAUAUCCUCUCAAACACCAAAUGUGAAAGAAAUUACCCAACCUUCGUCAGAAACUACUCAUUCAGAUUAUUUUCAUUCUCAAUCUGGUACACUUAAUCCUAUCCAAUCUACUGAAAUAAUUACAACAGAGACCACAUCAUCAGGAUUAACAUCACCAACUCUAUCAGUAAUCAACAUAGAACAACAAUCAUCAUCAUCAUCAUAUCAUAGAAGUUUAAGUAAAAAAUCAAUAGACAAUACAGAACAACGUCGUAAAGCUCGUGAAUUAUAUGUUGCUUUAAAACAACGUUAUCCAUUAACUAAUCAUAAUAACACUAUAAAUAAUGAUUCUGUAAAUCCACAUCGCCGUCAUCAUCAUCAUCAUCAUCGUCAACAACAUCAUCUUAAUGAUGAUGAUGAUGAUAAUGAUAAAAUACAAACAUCUGAUAUGAAAACUAUUCUAAAACCAAAUCAGAAUAAUGAAACGAACCAACAUAGAAAUAACACAUUGAUUACUCAAUCCAUUGAACAAACUAAUACAAAUCCAAUAACUAUACAAACAUUACAACAGUCUAAUACUUUAACCGAUGAUAAUCCAUCAAGAAAUAAUCAAUUAAUAAAUCAAUAUUAUUCAGAAAGUAAUUUACAAUUAAUCCCAUCAAAGUCCAAUGAGAUUCAUCGAAAUAAUCUUGAUCCACAACAACACUACCACCACCACGACCACCACCAACAGCAGCAACAACAACAACAGCAACUUCCACAACAACAACAUGAACAGCAACAUCAACAGCAACAGCCUCAACAACAGCAGCAACCUCAACAACAACAAAAACAGCAAUUACAACCCAAUCCAUGUGUAUCAGAGAAAGUUGAUCUAUAUAAAAGUAAUUCAUUACAAUCUAAUGUCAUGAAUAAAAAAUUUCAUCCAUCCGAUAAUAAUAAUAAUACUAAUCAUCAAAUGAAUCGAAUCUAUUGUGGUUAUCAAUCAGAUAGUGGAAUAGAAUGUAUUAAUUUACCAGUUCAUAAUAUAAAUUUCACAUUACCAUUACAAACAAAACAAUCAAAUAUAAAUGAUCCAUUACAUCAUACUAAUAUAAUUGGAUCAUUGCCAAGAAAUUUACAUAAUCCUUAUUCUAUGAUAUAUCAAUCAAAGAUGUUAAAUUUUAAUUCUAUGAAAUCAUCUAUUCAUCAAAUUGAUGUUCAUCAUGAACAACAACAAUCUCAACAACAGGGAGGAGGAGUUGGAGGUGGUGGUGGUGGUGGUGGUGGUGGCGGUGGAGACGAAGAAGAGAAUCUAGGCAAUUAUGCACGUCGUAUGCAUGAACGAUUACAAGAAGGUAUGAGAGAAGCGCAAGAAUCAUUAUGGAUGCCUGAUUUACCAGAAUUAAAUAGGAUGAAUCGAUUAAGUGACAGUUCAUCAAUGAAUAAUAAUGGUAAUAGUAAUUCAUCAACCGCACAAUUAUCUGAUGGAAUGACAAAUUUAAGAUCGUUUGAACAACACACGAAUACAGCAACAACAACAACAACAACAGGACCAUCGACCAAUCCAUUCAAAUCAACUUAGUUGCCCAAAUUACUUAGUUAACUAUAAUGAUUCAGAUAAACAAAAUAAAUUAUUCAAUGUUGACGGAGGUGAUAGAAAUAUUCUGGACAGGAAUGAUAGUAAAUUAGAAUUAAAUAAACAAUCAUGUCAAGAUGAAUUGAAUCAUUUAAAAUGUCAAUUAGCUGAAAAAGAAUCUAAAUUAACUGAUGUACAAUUGGAAGCUUUAGCAAGUGCUCAUCAAUUAGAUCAAUUAAAAGAUGAAAUGUCACAUUUAUAUUCACAAUUAAAUUAUUUACGUACAGAUAAUGAAAGAUUACAAAUAUUAGUGACACAUUUACAAAAACAACAACAUUAUCACCAUCAUCAUCAACAUCAACAUCAGCUACAACACAGUACUCCUGCUCCUGCUCCUGCUCCUCCUCCUCCUCCUCCUCCUCCUCCUCCUCCUACUACUACUACUACUACUACUACUACUACUACUACUAAUAAUAAUAAUAAUAAUAAUAAUAAUAAUAAUAAUAAUAAUAAUAAUAAUAAUAAAUUAUUACUUACGAAUAAUGAGAAUGUAAUGACAAGUACUACGACUACCAUUACAUCUACACCUACUAAUACCGAUGUUCAUUGUAGUAGUGGUAGUAAUAAUAAUCAGAUAAUGAUUAUUACACAUAGUAACUCUUUACCACAGACAAUACAACAUAAUUCAACUGGAUUACAUAAUGAUAAUAAUAGUAAUAAUAAUAAUAUGUCAAUAUUAUGUAAUGCAGAGAUAAUACCCGUUGAAUGUGAUACUUGUUCAAGUUCUCAAUUAUUUAAAUCAAUUCAUAAUAGAAUUGCAUAAUCAUUAUCAUGAAACCACAUUAGAAGAUACGCAUCAAUUUCAUUUGAUAAAUCCAUUAAUAUUUUCAUCUUUACCAUUUCAUGAUGAUCUCAGUAAUUCUGAAUUAUGGUUUAUUGAUUUAUGGAAUAAUCAAAUUGUAAAAAUGAUAAAAAAUUUUAUUGAUCAAUGGUCUAAUCAUCAUCAGAAAUCAAUAAAACAACCGGUAAAUUGUAUUGAUCCAACCAAUUGGAUUCUAUCAACAUGGCCAUGGCAUACAACAAAUUGGUUAGAAUGUUUUCAUAAACAUAAACAUAAUAAUACAGAUAUGAUAUCUCCACCAUGUUUAAUACAUCUUAUUGAAUGA